CGAAAAUACAAAAUACAAAAGAAAAAUGAAAAAGAAAAUAAACAAAAGGGAGCUGCAAUAUUGGCGAAGGCAAAGGCAGACGGUAUAUGGACGCUACGACUUCAGCGGGCCUCCGGCCGCCACAGGCAAAGAAGCGGCGGCGUGCCUCUCCAACUGCCGUAGACGCUAUAGGAAAUGAUGUUCUGUGCAUGAUUUUCGCUUUUCUCGACCUCGUCCAGCUUAUUCGUUGCUCUGCUGUCUGCAAAUCAUGGAAAACAGUGAUUAAUAAACUGAAGUUGCUGCAAAUACAAUAUCACAAUCAACACCCAACAAGUUCUGGGGGAGGCAAUGAUUUGCCUAGAUUUUCAGAAAGAUCAAUAAAUAUACAGAUGGAGCAGUUAGCCAUGGAUCGGCAAAGGUCGUCUUUGCAAGAAGGUGAAAUUGAUAUUUCUCAAUGGAAAGCUCACGCGGUAGGGUUUAACAAGUGCAGGAUGAAGAUGGGUUUGAUUCUUUCUGGUGUGGGAGAUAAGGUAAUGCGUCUCUGGUCUGCCGAGAGUUGUAAAAGACUGGAUGAAUAUUUUCUACCCGAUAAAGCUCCACUAAUUGAUUUUGAUUUUGAUGAGGGAAAGGUUGUUGGUCUUUUGGGGACUCGUAUAUGUAUAUGGAGGCGCGUUGGUAAGAGAGAGAUAAUUUCAUCACUCGAAGGCUUGUUUACUAGGGGAAUGUGCAUGAGUUACGUGGACCCACUGGCAGUGGUUGGGUGUGAAGAUGGGAAAGUCCGUGUAUUUGAUAUGUACAGCAGAAAGAUUUCGCAGAUAAUCAAGAUGCAUCCUGGGGCAGUAUCAUGUUUAUCUUUCACAGACGAGCAAUUAAUUGUUAGUGGUUCAUCUCAUGGUACUAUUUCAAUAUCAGAUCUUUCAUCUGAUCAGCGGGUCAUCACCUUGGACACAACUACUUCUGCAGGCAUAAAAACUUUAUGUGUGAACCCAAGCUCAUAUAAACUGUUUGCUGGAUCAAGUACAGGCCAUGCAUCUUGUUGGGAGCUGAGAACAUCAAGAAGACUAUGGGAAACACGAGCAAGCCCCAAUGUGCUUUACUCCAUGCAUCACUUGGCGAAUGAUAAAUCAACAUUGGUUGUUGGUGGAAUAGACGGCGUUUUAAGAGUCAUUGACCAAGACACUGGAAAUAUAUUGUCCCGAUGCAUCAUGUCAGAAAAUAGCAACAAACGUGUAGUGGUAAAUAAUGUAGUUACUGAGAAAAAGAAAGGAAUGAGGCUUUUGGAAAAUGACCGUAUUGACCUCAUGCCAAAUCGACCCCCCAUAACAUGCUUGGCUGUUGGGAUGCAGAAAGUUGUUACCACACAUGGGGACAAAAACAUCCAAGUGUGGAAGUUUGACUGUGAAAGUGACAAGGGGUGAUGUUGUUACCUUACUGCAUAGGUUUAUUGUAUUUGUCAAUAAAGAAAACUUAUUUAAUCUUCUCUUUUGGCUUUCCAUGGAGCCCGAGCAAGAAACAAGUCAUUGCACUAUACUCAACUCCAUUAAUACUUGUGUUUUACGUGUUAUACUUACGUAUUUAUUCAUGUAAUAGUUUUGUUGAUCAUGAGGUUUGAGUUGUUUUGACCCUGUGACUGAUAUACUGGAUACUGAUAAGAAUCAUGUGUAGAACAUGUGGUUUAGUUUUGUCCUAGCAUUUUGUCACAGUUUGCUCAUCUAUUUUUUAUAAUGAUGGCCGGGAUAGACUUCGUCUGUUUAUAUGACAGUGGUUAUAUCCAUGGAUAACUUUGAAUUGAUA